AUGAAAAAAGUGUUUUUUUUGAUUUUAAUUUUGAACUGUGUUGUUGGUGCACUUUCAAACAAAAAUAUUUGUAAAAUAUCAUUGUUACUAUCAGGUGAUUAUAAUGAUAUUGGAGUUAAUUAUAUGUUUAAUUAUGCAAGGACACAAGUUGAAAAAAAUUUAAAUAUAAAUUCAAUUGUUUUUACUAAUUUGGAAAAUAAUCAAAAUGCAAUAAAUAAUGCAAUUAUUGAAUCAAUUAAUAAAGGAAGCAAUUUUUUAAUUUCUACAAUUAACUCACAUUCAAAUUUUAUAAUUAAUUAUUCACGUUUGUAUAAAAAUAAAGAAAUAUUUUGGUUAAUAAAAGGAAAUGAUAAUGAAAGACCAAUACCUGAUGAUUUACCAAGAGUGAAAAUAUUGAAUAUAAAUAGUGACCUAUCUUUUUAUUAUUUGGGAUUCAUUUCAAGUUUAAUUUCAAAGACUGGUAAAAUUGGAUUUAUUUCAACAAAAAAUAUUGAAACAGAUUAUCAAAGAUUAACAAACGCAUUUUAUAUUGGAGCAAUUAAUAGUAAUCCAAAUAUUACAUUUUUAGUAUGCUCAAAUAAUUUUAAUAAUCAAAAUAAUAAUAAAAAAAUAUCAUAUAAAAUUUCGAAAUUAUUAAUUUCAAAAGGUGUAGAUUUCAUUGGAAGUGAUCAAGAUGAUAAUUCUAUUCAAUUGGCAGUAAUUGAUAAUGGUGGUAUUGGAUUGGGUUUAACAGGUUUUGAAUAUUCAAAAAUUUAUAAUGAUAAAUUUCCAUUCUCUUUUAAAUUAGAAUGGUCUCAACUAUUAAUAGAUAUAACCAAUACUAUAAUUAAUGGUAGUUGGGUAGAUUAUGAUAUAAUUUAUAUAACUAGUUUUUCAAGAUUAAAUGGAACAACUAAUUUUACCCCAGAAAUUGAACCAAUAAUAAAUUAUAAUUUCAUUCCAAAAAUUUAUCAAAAACAAAUUAAUGAUGAAAUAAAUAAACUAAAAAAUCAUUCAACAAAUUAUUAUUUCCCUCAUUUAUGUAAUAAUUUAUUUAAUAAUAUCUACAAUCAAAAACAAACAAAUGGUUGUAUUACAAAUGAACAAUUCUCAAAUUCACACCUUUUAAAUGCUUCAAAUAUAAAAAUUAUUGAUAAUAAAGAAAUAUUAGAAUUUGUUGAUAGUUAUUCAAAUUCAAUUAAAAUUAGUAUACUAAGUGUAUCAAUAUUUUGUAUAUUUAUUUGUGUUUUGGGAAUGAUUUUUAUUACAGUACUUAGAAAUGCAAGAAUUUUAAAAUCAUCAAGCCCAUCAUUUUUAUUGUUAAUUUUAUUUGGAUGUAUAGUUAUUUUCACUGGUUGUAUUUUAUUUUCACAACCAGCAACAGAUAAAACUUGUCAAGGUAGAGUUUGGCUAUUAAGUAUUGGUUAUACAAUUUUCUUGGGUAGUUUAUUGAUAAAGAAUUGGAGAGUUUGGUUAUUAUUUGAUAAUAAAAAAUUAAGAAAACGUUCAAUUACAAAUUGGAAAUUGUAUCCAUGGGUAGCUGGUAUAUUAGUGGUUGAUGUAUUGAUAUUAGCAUUAUGGCAAGGUUUGGGUGAUAUUAAAUCGGAGUCUAGAAUAAUAGGAACAUCAUUUUAUCAAUAUACAAAUGUUUGUACGAAUAAUGAUCAAGGUUCGAUCGCAUUGUAUAUAUUGUUAGCAUUCCAUGGUUUAAAAUUAUUAGGUACAUGUUUUAUUUCAUUUAAAAUCAAAUUGGUUGAUAUUGAAGAAUUUAAUGAAUCAAAACCAAUUACUACUAGUGUAUUUAUAAUUUUAUUUUGUAUUUUCACUAUAAUAUUAUUAAUUGCACCAUCUUCAUCAUCAUCAUCAGCAUCAUCACCACAACCGAUUGCAUCUCUAGAGACUAUAAUUUGUAUAUGCUCUGUAACUACUACCGCCAUUAGUAUAGGUUUAUUAUUUGGUGAUAAAAUUUAUUUUAUUACAACUCAAGGUCUAGGAUUAAAUCAAACAUUUGCAAAAUCAUCAAGUUUUUCAUUGGAUAAAAAAGAUUGUGAUGAUGAUGAUGAUGAUUCUUCUGAUGGUUCUGACCAUUCCAAUUCAAAUAAAAAUAAAAAUAAAAAUAAAAAUAGAAAUCAAUCAGAGAAAAAGAAAAGACCAAAUUCUAUAAAACCAAUUGGUUUAUUUAGUAAAAGUAAACAAGAAAGUGUUGUAUUUAAUCCACCAUCAAAUAAUGAUUUAACAAAUGAACUAGCUCUUCCAAUUGAAGGAAUUAAGGAGGGACAUGGCCAUGAUAGUGAAAACAAUGAUGAAUAUGAACAUCAUGAAGAUGAAGAUCAUGAAUAUGAAGGUGAAGGUGAAGAUGAAGAUCAUGAGGAUGAAUAUGAAGUUGAAAAUGAUAUUGAACAAGAACAAGAACAAGAAUCAUCAAAUAUUUCAAUAUCCACAAAAAAAAAUAAUGAAAAUGAAAUUAUUUCAGAUACUUGA